CUGUGAGAGGCGGCCAUUUUCGGGAAGAGUUGAUAAAACACCGAAUCCUCUUCCCCUCGAAGACCGAGGCCGGAGGAAGCGCAGAGGAAGAGGCAUCCUCGGUCUCGGACGUGUCAGGCCGCUUGAGUGGGGCGAGAAGGAUGCUUUCUUUUUCUACCACGGUGCAGCCGCAGGUUACAGUUUCUUUGAGUCACCAGAUAAAUGCAUUUCAUUCACCCAAAAGUUUAACACAGACUUUCAUCCCAACAUCCACGCAAUCUGUGCAGAAAGAAGCACCACCUGAACAUGAUGUAUUGAGCCCUGAACCAUUACUUAAUCUACGAGACCUAGGACUGAGUGAUCUGAAAAUUAGCCAACUUAAUGAAAUAGUGAACAAACUGAUUCCUGGCUUUGGUGAAGAAAAUAAAAUACCCUCACAUUGGCAAACGUCAUAUGUAUCAGCAGAGUCUUUCUUUGAAAAUAAAUAUGGUUUUGCAGAUACAUUUAGGGUUUUACGUUCCUCUUACCUCUACAGGCAGCAUCCUAAUCCUCCCCAGAGAAUAUGUUCCAGUCUUCAACAUUGGCCAGUUUUUAUUCAGUCUCGAGGUUUUAAGACUCUGAAAUCAAGAGCAAGACGGCUACAGUCCACAUCAGAACAUUCAGCAGAAACAGAAGAUGUAGCUCCCUCAUUUGUAAAGGGUCUUUUACUCAGAGAGAAAGUAUCUGAGAUUGAAAGCUUAGACAAACUAAUGAAAAGAAAAAACAUACCUGAAGCUCAUCAAGAUGCGUUUAAAACUGGGUUUGCAGAGGGUUUUUUGAAAUCACAGGCACUUGCACAGCGUACAAUUGAUUCCUUAAGACGAACCCGAUUAUUUGUCUUUCUAGCAGUGUUGUUUGGUAUUUAUACUGUGUUAAAAAGCCAGUUCUUACCUAAAGGCUCCUUUUCUGAUGCUGUUCGCUUCCGAGCAAGUUCUGGGCUUGAUGCAGCAGUUGAUCCUAUUCAAAUGAAAAAUAUCACCUUUGAUCAUGUGAAAGGGGUAGAUGAAGCUAAGCAAGAGUUGCAGGAGAUUGUAGAAUUUCUGAAAAAUCCUCAGAAAUUUACCAUUUUAGGGGGUAAACUUCCUAAAGGUGUUUUGUUGGUAGGUCCACCUGGUACUGGCAAAACUCUGCUUGCCAGGGCUGUGGCAGGAGAAGCUGAUGUUCCCUUCUAUUACGCUUCUGGGUCUGAGUUUGAUGAGAUGUUUGUUGGAGUGGGAGCCAGCCGUAUUAGAAAUCUAUUUAAGGAAGCAAAAGCAAAUUCCCCUAGUGUUAUAUUCAUCGAUGAGUUAGAUUCAGUUGGUGGCAAACGAGUUGAAUCUCCAAUGCAUCCCUAUUCAAAGCAGACUAUAAACCAGCUCCUUGCUGAAAUGGAUGGCUUUAAAUCUAAUGAAGGAAUCAUUAUCAUUGGCGCAACAAAUUUCCCUGAAGCACUAGAUAAUGCUUUGUUACGCCCAGGCCGCUUUGACAUGCAAGUUACAGUUCCCAGACCAGAUGUCAAGGGACGAACAGAAAUUUUGAAAUGGUAUCUUAAUAAAAUAAAAUAUGAUAAGUCCAUUAAUCCAGAAAUCAUUGCCAGAGGGACAGUAGGUUUUUCUGGAGCUGAAUUGGAAAACCUUGUGAAUCAAGCGGCAUUAAAAGCAGCAAUUGAUGAAAAGGACAUGGUUACUAUGAAGGAGCUAGAAUUUGCAAAGGACAAAAUUGUCAUGGGUCCUGAGCGUAGAAGUGUAGAAAUUGGUGAUAAAAAUAAAACAAUUACAGCAUAUCAUGAAUCUGGGCAUGCAAUUAUUGCAUAUUAUACCAAAGAUGCUAUGCCAAUCAAUAAAGCCACAAUUAUGCCACGAGGACCAACACUUGGACAUGUUUCUUUGUUGCCAGAAAGUGACAGAUGGAAUGAAACUAGGUCUCAGUUGCUUGCCCAGAUGGAUGUCAGUAUGGGGGGAAGAGUAGCAGAAGAACUCAUAUUUGGCAGUGAACACAUCACAACAGGUUCUUCUAAUGACUUUGAGAAUGCUACUAAGAUAGCACAACUCAUGGUGACCAAAUUUGGAAUGAGUGACAAGCUUGGUGUUAUGACCUUUAGAGAGGCAACAAAUUUCAGUCCUGAAACCCAAUCUGCAAUUGAACAAGAAAUAAGAACUCUUUUAAAGGAAUCAUAUGAACGGGCAAAGAGUAUCUUGAAGGCCCAUGCAAAAGAACACAAGAAUUUAGCAGAAGCUUUAUUAACCUACGAGACCUUGGAUGCCAAAGAAAUUCAGAUCGUUUUAGAAGGCAAAAAACUUGAAGUGAGAUAACUUCUUGUCAAGCUGUCAGUCAAAGUAGUGGCCACUUUAUAUGAUGUAACUUUCUUUCCUGCUGGAUGUAUGUGUGCUAAUAAUCAUAUUUCUUAAAGUUAAACAACUUGUCUUGUGAGCUUUUGUUCCCGUUGCAAGUAGUCCUUGCUUACUGAUUACAGUUGAGGUGGAGUUAAACACGUCAGAAGUUUAAAAUCCUUGCUUUGCCACAAGAGAUCCAAGUCCAGCCCUUCUAGAAUUCUGUGGUAGCACUAAUUUAGUGCUGAUCUUAGUUGAUCAGGUUCUUUUCUAUAAGUUGGACUAAAUCUUCUAUGCUGCAACUUUAUGAAUAAUCCAGAUUCUUCGUGCCUGACAUUCACUGCUUUUAUUAAGUGAGACAUCAUGUGAUCUAUUGCAAUUUCACUUCCAUGUUCUCCAUUAAUUCAGCUGGUUGAAAGUCAGUUGUGAAGCUUGCAAAUAAUGGCCACAUGGCCAUGAGAUACUGGAACCGUUGUAAAUGCGAGGAUUGGUUGCAAAGCUAUUUUUCUUCUACCUACAGUAACUUCAAGUAGUUGCCAAACAAGGCAAUCAGUAAGCAAGGACUACCUAUAUUUAAUUUUGUUUUUUCUUAGAAGCAAGGUUAUAAAAGUAAUUUGUCAGAGGUUCUACCGAAACAAAACACUGAAUUUAUAUAUUUCACUGCUAGCUUGUUCAAGUGGAUAGGACAAAGAACUGAUAGCUGCUAAUUGGAGCAUUUGAAAUUGCAGAACAUACAGGAAAAUAAGACUUCUGUUUCUAAACCAAAAUUUAAAAAGCCUUCAUUCAUAAUUUAUAAUACAGGAACUUAAGGACAGUGCUCUGUCCUCCAGUUGACUUUCAAUGUGAGAUAAGGAGUUUGAACUCUUAAUAGGCACAAAAAUAAUAAGGUUCAUCUAUCUGGAAGAUAGAAUUUCAGAAUGAGUGAACAAGAGUUCACUGGACAGUAAUAUUUGUUACAAUUGGAAAAAUUGUAUUGUCACCUCUAGUGUUGGGGAAAUGUUUUCAGUUUUAUGGAGGUGUGAUUUUAGUGCCCCUGUUAAACUUUUUAAAUAGAGAAUAGUUAUGGAAAUUUGAGUCUGUCAUUGUGUAUUUGGUGGCCCUUUUUAAAAUAAAAAUAUAAUUUUUGAUUUCAAAAAUUUUAACUUAUUUUAUAAGCACAUGCCAUUCAGAUAUUGAGUGAUGAUUAAAAUAUGUUCUAAAAACUGAGAUUAAGGUAGGAUUGACUAGAGCAAUUGAGAAUAGCUAAUAAUAAUUAAACUGUUUUGUAGGGGUUUUUAAGUGUAUAAUAGAUGCUCUCAAUAAUUUUAAGUCCUAUACUAAUUUUAAAAAGGAGUUAAAUGUUUAAUAUAUGGCUCUCCACAAUUUAAAGCCCUACACUAAUUUUAAAAAAGGAGUUAAAUGUUUAACAGAUGGCUCUCCACAAUUUAAAGCCCUACACUAAUUUUAAAAAAGAAAGUCAUUUCUUUCAGUAAGAAAAUAAAACAAGUUUAGCAAAGAAUUUAAAUUUGAAUUAUGACAUGAGGCAUUUUGGUGCCUUGUUGAUAGUCCAGUUUCAUUUGAAUUUGUAGAUAAUUAAUUUUCUUUCAGCAAUCCCAGUAUUUCAAUGGAACUCUUUUCUGCUUUUUCCAUAUAGUAAACUUGGAAGAACCUCAAGUUCAUUUCAUUAUUGGAAUUCCAAACUGCUAUGCUGUUCCAUUACAAAUAUAUACUUUUUUUUAGCAAUAAACAGUAAAAGAUGUGCAAAUGCAGCAUGUUUAGCACACUUGGGAAAUCAUAUAUUUUAAUUAUGCAAAGUGCUUUUUAAAGUUUUCCUCUUAUUGUAAAACUGCUUUUACUCUGGUUGCCCUCAUAUGUAAAUUGAGGUGUAUAAAACAUAUUUUAAAUCUGUAAAUAAAUUUGAGAGUUAAGCAAAAUGUGUAAUUUUUUAAUAGCUUGAAUUUCCAUAAAUCUUUUUUGUGAGAAUUUCUGCUACUUUGUUGCUGCUACUUGUUCAUAACAUAAUAUGGAGACUUUACAAUUUAAGAUUGAAUUGUUAAAUAAAUUUCACAUUGCCAGUA